AUGGAAGAAUCGUAUUGUAAAAACGUCUAUAGUCAAGAAAAAUGUGAGAUAUCAAAUAUCACAGAAGGUUACAUGGAUUAUGUGUGCGAAAAUGCCGUGACAAUGGCUAUGACCCUGGAUCAAAUUGAUAAAGAGUCACCUCAGGACAAAUUCAUUCAAGAACUAAUCAAGUGCAUUCAGCAUGAUGAAUGGCCGAAACAUCAGAAUUCCAAGAUGUUCUACAAGUUACGCAAUGAAGUGUAUGUUCAUAAUAACAUUGUGUUACGGGGCAACAUAAUUGUAAUUACACAGGGACAUAGGCCAAAAGUAUUACAAAUAGCACAUGAAACACACCAAGGCAUAGUGAAAACAAAGCAAAUACUAAGAGAAAUAGUUUGUUGGCCUGGCAUUGACAACGAAAUUGAAAUGCUGAUUAAAACGUGUUUCCAGUGCCAGCUUGUUUCAAACCCGUCACAACAACUUCCUAUCACACCAACAGAAUUACCAGAAACACCCUGGCAAAUUGCUGGGAUGGAUUUAACAGGACCGUUCCCAGGGGGAGAAUAUAUUCUUGUAGUAAUAGAUUACUACUCUCGUUAUCCAGAAGUUGAAAUCAUGAAAUCAAUCACUUCAAGAUGUAUCAUUCAAAGACUUAUGCAAAUAUUUGCCACACAUGGACUUCCCUCAGUGAUCAAAACGGACAAUGCACCAAACAUGGUAUCUCAAGAAACCACAAACUUCUUUACUGCAAACGGAAUUAAACAUCAGCGUGUUACGCCUUAUUAUCCACAAGCAGCAGGAUUGGUAGAAAAUUUCAAUAAAACAAUAGCAAAAUGCGUUAAGACUGCUAACAAUAGAAAGAAAAAAUGGUGA